CCUAAUUGCCUCUCCCGGGAAUUCUUUGCGAAUUAUGAAUCGCGCCUGUAAACUCCUGCAAAACCCCCCCGCCGGAGCUCCACCGCCUCCUCUCCCCUCCCUUCUUCCUCCCUCCCUCAACCCUUCCAAUAUCGUCAUUAACCUCACUUCCUCUCGGCUCCACCUCGUCUCCUCCCCUUCCUCUAUUCCCUCUCUCAUUCCUCCCGAUCUCCUCCCCUUCCUAGGACCCUCCGAGCUCUCUUCCAUUCUUCUCCGCUCCCAAUCCCUCCCCCUUCCUUCCCUCCACCUCCUCUCCUUCUUCCACUCCCAACGCCUCCUCACCCCCUCCCCACACCACUUCGCUCUCCUCGCCCACUCCCUCACCUUCUCCCGCCUCUUCUCCCACUGUCUCUCCACCCUCCGCCACCUCAUUCUCACCCACCCCGCAUCCGACCCCUUCUCCUCCCUCCUCACUUCCGCCUCCUCCGGCCGAUGCAACUUCCACUCCGCCGUCUUCUCCCUCCUCGUUACGGCGUACCUCCAUCUUGGCUUCCUCCGCCAAGCUCUCGAUGCUUUCCACCGCUCCAUCAAUGCCGGAUUCCCUCCGGAUGCGAUCACCUCCAAUUCCCUUCUAAAUUCACUCGCAAAGUCUGGUGAUUUUGAUAGUUGCUGGGAGGUUUACACCGCGAUGCGGAAGGCUGGCGUCACGCCUAAUCUUUGCACUUUUAACAUAAUGAUCAACGCGCUGUGCAAAGCUGAUGAUGCCGUGAGGGCGAGAGAGUUCUUGGAGGAGAUGGAAAUGAAUGGGUUUGAUCCCGAUGUUGUCACUUAUAACACGCUGAUUAAUGGGUAUUGCAGGAAGGGGAGGUUAGAAGAGGCAUUGGGAUUGUAUAAACUAAUGUAUCGAAGAGGAAUAGAGCCGGAUUUGGUGUCCUACACUACUCUGAUGAAGGCGCUCUGCAAGGAGGACAGGGUGCGGGAGGCACACCAGCUGUUUGAUAGAUUGCGUCAGCGAGGUCUAAUCCCAGAUGAGAUGUGCUAUGGAGUUCUGGUGUCUGGUUACUCCAGGAAAGGAAAGAUGCGGGAAGCUUGGAUUUUUAUUCAGGCAAUGAUUGGUUGUGGCUACUUUCCAAAUAGUUUUAUUUGCUUGGAUGUGGUGAAAGGUUAUGCAAGUGUGGGAAAGCUUCUUCCUUGUUUGAACAUUCUUGCUCAGCUUCGAAAGAUUGGGGCAACUGUUGCAUUUGAUGCCUAUAAGCUUCUUGUUGGCGCUCUAUGCCAUGAAAAGAGGCCAAAUGCUGCAAGGAAUCUUGUGAAGUGGAUGGUUGAAGAUGGGUGCAAACCCACUGUAGAUAUAUAUAAUGAAAUCAUCCAUUCUUUUUGUGAUUGUGUGUCGUUAAUGGAUGCCUUUAGUCUCAAGGAUGAGAUGGUUGAGACAGAUAUUAGGCCUGAUGAAAACACAUACAGUAUUCUCAUUAGUUGUCUCUGUAAAACCGGUGAGGUGAUGGAGGCUGAAUGCGUAAUGGAAGAAAUGGUUGCUUGUGGACACAUUCCAGAUUCUGCAACUUGUGCUGCCUUGGUUAAUGGAUACUGCAACAAAAGAGAAAUGAGCAAGGCUGAAGGACUUUUGAAGUACUUUGUGUUAGAGUUUGGGUUUCAUGACAAUGCUAUAUUUAAUGCUCUAAUCAAUGUUUAUGCUGAAGAAGGGGAUAUGGAGAAGGCUUUUGAGCUGAAAGACAGGAUGAUGAAACUGGGUUUUGUUCCAAAUACUGAGACGUGCAAGUUCUUGGUUAAUGGACUGUUUAGAAAUAUAUCUACCUUAAAUGUGUAACAACCGGGCUUUAUUAAUCAAACCUCUUAGAAACCAGUCUCCUACACCGGACUUAGAAAAAAGCAGGAUGAGUAGCUGUGCGUCCGAGCUGUCUGAUGAAUGAAAAGAAUUUUCAGUUGAUGAUCCUUGUGAUGUCUCUGUUGAAAGGGAGCCGAGGAUUUAUUAUUCUGUGCGGAGUGUGGACGGCAUCAGGAGACCAAUAAAAAAACGCCAUCACCUCAUUGGUGGGUACCCAGCUCAGUACCCGCACCGAUACCGUUGGAUGCCCAGUACUUAACCGGACGGUUCUCCCGUCCUGUCCCGUCUGGUGUCCGUACAAAAUAAAAGAGGUCAUCAGAGAAGGAGCCGGGGAUGGAAGAAAAGAAGCAGAUGGAAACAGAACAUAUCCAUGGAGUUGUGAUGCCGACACCAUGGUAAUGGAGACAGUAGAGGACAUACUUGAGAGAGAGAGAGAGCCCGCCAUGCAAACUUGCACUGCCAUCAUCAUCUGGAAUUCAAACUUGCACUCAGUAAGGAUUAUCUUAACGGGUUUAAAUAUGUGGAAAUGCAUGAAGAACAGCAACUUAAAAUAGUCGCAUACAAACUUAGAUUUGAGGUUGCCUCUUGCUGAAAACAAUCGACGACCCAUUGAGGAAGAUGAGUGGGCAAAUGCCCCAAUGGCCGCUUACAUGUAAUGCGUAGGAUGUUGACCUCAUUUUUGCUUACAUCUCUUACAACUAGAAUUUACAAUUGAAAUA